AUGUCUUUUUCUUUUCAAUCUAUCUAUCUAUCUAUCUAUCUAUCUAUCUAUCUAUCUAUCUAUCUAUCUAUCUACUUCAGUCUGUUCUUUAUCUAUCUAUCUAUCUAUCUAUCUAUCUAUCUAUCUAUCUACUUCAGUCUGUUCUUUAUCUAUCUAUCUAUCUAUCUAUCUAUCUACUUCAGUCUGUUCUUUAUCUAUCUAUCUAUCUAUCUAAGUCUCAUCAUAUAUUUCAUAGUCUGUUUCUAUCUAUCUGUCUUUCAUAGACUGUUUCUAUCUAUUUAUCUAUCUAUCCUUCAUAAUCUGUUUCAAUCUAUCUAUCUUUCAAAGUCUGUUUCUAUCUAUCUAUCAUUCAAAGUCUGUUUCUAUUUAUCUAUCUAUCUAUCAUUCAAAGCCUGUUUCUACCUAUCUAUCUAUGUAUCUAUCUUCAUAAUCUGUUUCAAUCUAUCUAAGUUUCAUCAUAUCUUUCAUAAUCUGUCUCUAUCUAUCCUUCAUAAUCUGUUACAAUCUAUCUAUCUAUCCUUCAUAAUCUUCUGUUUCUAUCUAUCUAUCUAUCUAUCUAUCUAUCUUUCAAAGUCUGUUUCUAUCUAUCUAUCUAUCUAUCUAUCUAUCUUUCAAAGUCUGUUUCUAUCUAUCUAUCUAUCUAUCUAUCUAUCUUUCAAAGUCUGUUUCUAUCUAUCUAUCUAUCUAUCUAUCUAUCUAUCUAUCUAUCUAUCUAUCUUUCAAAGUCUGUUUCUAUCUAUCUAUCUAUCUAUCUAUCUAUCUAUCUAUCUUCCAAUGUAUAUCAGUUGA